AAUACUUCGUCGCGAACAGAACAACAUUUCAGUGAGUCAAGGCAGAUAAAGCUUUUUGUGUGCAAAUCAACGUGGAAUUUGUGAAAUUUUCGAUUCGAGUUUUAUAACCCAAUCGCACAAUCGAUCGCGAGUCUUAAUGGCAUCAACGGCUGAACAUCGUUAUAAAGAUUUCUUAUUCAUAGAACAAUAAUUUCUUUUCGUGUAACACGUACCGAGAUAAACUCAACGUUGAGUGCAAAGUUCAGAGAGAUAAACUCCAGUUUGCCAGAAAAACAUUUGCGAAAGACGCAAUAAAUUGGCCAAAAAAAAUAAACAAUAAAAAAUUACUCCAUAUAUACUUUACAUACGGUAUCUGAGAUAAGAGUUGUAUCUAGAUGCUAUAUAGAUAAGCGCGUGUGAAUUAACACUUGACAAGUACAUUAAGCAUACGACCCGUGUGACAAGUGGCAAAACACUAUAGCAACAGCUGUCGUCUGUACAAUAAUACCAUUCAAAAAGGCUUUUAGCCCCAAUAUUAUGUUCGUUCUGUCUGCGGUUGCUGCAACAACAACAACUACAGUGGCAGUGGCGAGGAAAAGCGGAAAAUCCAACAUCGCGUCGAGCAAGAACGUCAUGCAACAUUCGCCUGUCGUUGUCUUCAUGUGUGUGCAACAUUCCCAGCAGCAGGUUCCCAUGCAAAACAACUUUAUGUGUAUGCGUAUGCGUGGCUGGCAUAAUAACAACUGUUACUGCAACAAUUCGAUCGACAUUAUCCCGACGAUCACGAUCGGCAAAGGUACUACCGGUACUGGUACUACGGGCACUAAGAUCCUAGAGCGCUCCAAGUUGCUACGAAAGAAGCGGGACAUUCGCAUUCGCCGUCGCUUUAGCGUUACCUCCUUUUGAAGCAGAUACGAAGCAGUCGAAACAGCCACCGGAAAUAAGGAGCAACAAGGAUCAACAUAUUUGUGCCGUCGUCAUUGGAACCUGCUAAUCAAAGGCAGCACCAUGAUGAAGGCUUAAGGGGAACUUGUGUCGACGACUCUUUUAGAGCUUGUUUAGAGGGACCCUAACAAUUUCAUUGUUUCUUUCUAACGGUCAAUUAAAAAAUACCUGCAAGAUAUAGAAGCAACGUCCUCGACGUGCAGCAGCGAAAACGGAAAGGAGAUUUUUACUGAGACGGAUAUUCUUGACUUUGAUAUAAACAUGUUUGCCGAGGAUCACAUUGAGCUUGAGGGCAAGAAGAUGGAUCCCUUCAGUCCGGCGAUGGACGAGAUGAACAACGACAAUUUAGACAACGACUUCUUACAAAUGGAUAAUCUGCCGCUGGCCAACGAGGAGGAGACUCUGGACAUGACCUCGAUGUUCGGCAUCGACAUCAACCAGGACGACCAGGAACUGGAUCUCAUCAACAUCUUCCCCAGUUCCCAGCCUACGUCCAUGCUGACCGGUUCGCAGGACCCCUAUCUGUUCACCUACUCGCAGGCCACAUCCACAUCCAGUACCAUCAAAUACAUCCCCGAGGAGCCCCUGAUCUCCGACGUGGCCAGCUACGACACCAGCAGUCUCUUUGGCUGCAGCCAGGAGUCGCUCGGCUUCGGCCUAGAGGAUGACGUCAAGCCCAGCGGCAGCUUUGCCAGCAGCGGCGGCGACGUUGCCGUGGCCAUCCCAACGCCCAUCGAGCUCCCCAUCAUCACCACGCUGAAGCGAUCUGCCCCCUCGGCCUCCGUGGUCGAGUCGCAGCCCCUGAAGCGCAGCAAGCUGGCGCUGAAGAUCAACACCCAGUCCGCGCCAGCCUUCAGCCCGAGCACGCCCGAAAUCAUCGAACAUCUCCUGAAUUUCGAUAGGCUCGAGGCCGCCAACACCAGCAGCACCAGCAACACCUCCAUCAGCAGCAACACCAUCAUCAUCAGCCAGGCAGAAAUCGUAGAGGAUCUGCGCAGCGUCGAAGAGGAGACCACCACCGACUUCUCGCCGCCGAAUACCCCGCACAGCAACUACUCAGCCAGCUCCAGCUGUGCGGCGCCCACCUGCCAGACGGGAUUCGGUGGCUUCCUCACUGCCCCCGCCUCGCCCGCCUACUCGGUGGCCAGCACCUCCCAGUUCAGUCCAUCGCCAGCCAGUGGCACCAGCAAUGGCAGCAAUGGCAAGCGGAAGCGCGGCCGUCCUGCCAAGGAUCAUGCCGACGGACCCGAUCCCGAUCUCAUGUCCCGCAUGAACGGCGAGGAGCGCAAGGCCUACGAGGACAGGAUCAAGAACAACGAGGCCAGCCGCGUCUCCCGCCGGAAGACGAAGAAGCGCGAGGAAGAGGAGAAGAGCGCCGAGGACGAGCUGGUGGCCGAGAAUCUGCGACUGCGUGCUUUGGCCGACGAGGUGGCGACCCAGGAGCGGAAGUACAAGAAGUACCUGAUGGAUCGCCAGAGGAAGAACAGCACCUACCACGUCAAGCAGGAGCACUGAAGCAGCACUGAGAUUCUCGUAGCCAUAGAAAUUGAUAGGAAAACCAACUAUCGUGACCUUAAGAUUGUCGCAUAUUGCGGAGCAUAGCCUUAGUCCGAGCACACACCUCGUCGUCAUCCAUUUGUUAAGUUAUAUAAGUUGUCGUUGAAGAAGAGUCGAGAAGAGAAGCAGAAAUCAAAUUUCCAACUGGGCAUCAAUUUCGCACGAAAUGAUGUAAAACGUAAAACAUUUUAGCCACUUACUAGGCAUACAACGGGCGCCCAUUGAGCGCGAGACGUGUUUAAUUAUAAUUCUAUUUUUAUUAUGUUUGAGAAAACUAAAAUUUUUUGUACCCACAUAUAUGUUUUUUUCGUCCUAAGUGUAAUCAACAAAAAAAAAAACUCAGAAAAAGCACAACAAAAAAAUAAUGAUUACGAUUUCGUAUGUUUUAACCCCAUUGAUGAACAAAAAAAAGUUACAAAAAUGUCAACAAAAAAAUAUGCUAUUGUUAAGAACAAUUGAAAUGUAUAUUUUACCGAUAUCGACGUAUAUAACCGUAAUCGUUUGAAUAAAGAGCAUGUUUCAAUAAACAUGACAAAAUCAAAAAAAAAAA